AUGCAUUUUAGGGUGGUGUUACAGGCCGAGAGAAUCGCCGGCGCACUCGUGAAAUCGGAGCGUGAACUCUGUAUCUCCCAACUUCUUCGCAAUCCCUGCUUCCAUAUCCUCCAACAACGUCAGAAGUGGCGUAACAAACGUGAUGUUGGCAAGACACAGGGGCUCUGGAGCAGGAUCCCCGAGAACGAAGCGGCCCUCGAGCCGGUUGCCCUGCGCGCUGCGGUACAUGCCGCCCCAGAGUAUGCCGACUAUGGUGCCGUCGUAGUGGCGGACGGCCGCGCCCGAGUCGCCAAAGAAAGCACGGUCAUCGAGAACAACCUGCUCCUGGUGGUGCACGACGACUGUUUCCCCACCGGGAAAGGUGUAUCUCGUUCGGACUUCGGCCACGUCGUUUGCGAGGACGCCACAGGUCAUAUUCGCACAGGCGCCUUCCUUGUACACUCUCUUCCCCGAUGCGGGCUGUUCAAAUUCGAAGAUUUUGGCUUCGAGGAAGAAGAAAUUCAACCAGCGGCCAAGCGGAUUGAGAGCACUGAAAUUCACCCCCAGUCGAGAGCAUGGCGGUGGUGGCCCUGGGAGGUCCGGCACAGUCCCGAGCACUCGAUCCUGGAUAUGCGAAACCGGUGA